AUGGGAACGGUGCUGUCUCUGUCUCCGGGCUCGCGGAAAGCUCCCAGCGAGGAGGAAGAGGAGAAGGACGGGAAGAAGAAGAAGAAGAAGCGGCACCCGGUGUUGCUGCACGGGCUCAGCUGGAAGAAACGCCUCGUGGCCGCGAGAGCCAAGAGGAAGGGCGGGAAGAAGGUGAAGCCCGUGGUGUCCGAGCCCGGGUGCGUGCAACGGGAGCAGGCAUCCAACGACAACCGCCACAGAGCGCAGAAAGCCGGACACCGACACGGACCCAUCCCGGUACCCGUACCCACAGUGCCGGAACACAGCCAGAACCAGGACCAGGGCAGGCCGGAGCUGAUCAUCUCACCACGGAGGGUGGUGGUGCAGGCAUCUACAGGUGAGCUGCUUCGUUGUCUUUCUGACUUUCUGUGUCAUCGUUGCAUCAAACUGAAGGAGCUGUCGUCCAAUCAGAUCGUUCUGUGGUUCAGAAAUGUCGACAGAGCACUGCUGGUUCAGGGCUGGCAGGACCAGUGCUUUAUCAGUCCUGCCAGUCUGGUCUUUGUGUACCUGCUGUGCAGGGAGGCAGUGGACGAAGACACAUCUUCAGAGCAGGAGCUUCACACCACCUUCCUCACUUGUCUGUACCUGAGCUACUCCUACCUGGGCAACGAGAUCUCAUAUCCCCUCAAGCCUUUCCUGGUGGAGUCCAGCCGUGAUGCAUUCUGGGAGCGAACACUGGAGCUGAUUGACCGGCUGAGCGGUGACAUGCUGCGAAUCAAUGCAGACCCACACUUCUUCACCAAGGUGUUUCAGGACUUGAAGAACCAGGGUGGAGCAAGGGAGAGGGAGAGAGAGAAAGAGAAACAGGAGAAAGAAAGGGAGAGGGAGGAGGAGGAGAGACAGAAAAUUAAUGAGAAGCAGGAGAGAGAGAAAGAGGAGCAGCAAGAGGAGGAGAAAGAGAACAACAGAGGAAACAGGAUUGAUCUGGAUCGUUAA